UUGGAUAUAACAUUGACUGGUAAAAUCAAUGUGGCGAAAAGCGAUCAACAUUUUCUCGGACUUUUCCUACGUUUCCAACUCCUCUCAGGGUUCUAAAAGGAUUCUACGACUGUUGUCCUCAAAGAUGGAUCCUGGAGUAGAGGCUGGGAAGAAGGCUGCUGCUACGGCAGCUGUCGAUCAUUAUGUACAAGACAAUCAAGUUCUUGGAAUAGGAAGUGGUUCCACCAUUGUGUUUGCAGUUGAGAGAAUAGCUGAGAAGGUGAAAGACAACAACUGGUCCGUGAAGUGUGUCCCUACCUCAUUCCAAGCAAAACAGCUGAUUGUACAGAAUGGUUUGGAGCUCAGCGACCUCGAAAGAACCCCAGAGCUCGAUGUGGCAAUAGAUGGCGCUGAUGAAGUUGAUGUUAACCUCACCUGUAUCAAGGGUGGAGGAGGCUGCCUCACACAAGAAAAGAUCGUCGCUUCUUGUGCUAAGAAAUUUGUUGUGAUAGCAGAUUAUAGGAAAGACUCUGAUGUCCUUGGGACAACAUGGAAGGGAGGCGUGCCUAUUGAAGUGAUCCCCAUGGCCUAUGUGACGGUGAUCAGGAAGAUGGAAGACAAGUUAGGAGGCGAGGCUGUGCUCAGGAUGGCAAGUAAAAAAGCUGGCCCCCUGGUGACAGACAAUGGAAACUUCAUUGUCGACUGGAUAUUUGAUAAAGACUGCGACUGGGACCAAGUGAAUACUCAGAUCUGCCUCAUUCCAGGAGUGGUCGAUACAGGUUUAUUCAUCGGCAUGGCUUGCCAGGCGUACUUUGGACAGAAAGAUGGAAGUGUAGUCGCUAAGUUGUCAGAGUCAAAGGCAAACAGUGUGGAGAAAUAGCGGACCAAGGAACUUUUUAACAGGCGUACUUUAGCCCUUGACGUGGGCUCGGGAUACAUGGAUGCUCAGGUGUUUUGGAAUAGGGUCCACACUUCGAACUACAACCGAGAGUCAAGAAGGCCUGGAGCAUGGAAUAUAUGUGGACUUAAUCUAAUUCGCUACAGAGUUAAAGAUGAUCGAGCAAUUCUGGCAGAUCGACUUCCUUUUUCCUGUAAAGAUCUCAAUAAAAUGAGUGUUUCACAUGAAGAAUCUUGUAAAAGUGGAAAUAGUUCACACUUUGUGUUUAAAUUGUGGUCCAAAUGUGCUCUCAGACAAGAGAUAGCAUUGAAUGCAGUGUUAACUCUCCUCAUUCCGUUGUGGGUGGGAAGAGGAUGUCUGCUUCAUGAAUGUGUGGCCUUAUUGUUUUGGGCCUUGGUACAAGUCAAUCAAACAAUGGCAGUUCUGUUACAAGUCCUAAGUUUUGAUUUCUACUUCCUGGUCAUAUCUUCCAGACAUAACUAAUUGUCAGAUUUCGACAUGUCAUGUGUCAUGGUCAGUUUGAGUUUUGAACCACCUGUUAUUCUCAGUAAAAUCAUGCCUGUUUUCAUAUUUCCAAAAGUCAAUUGACACCAGAAGGUUAUUGUUGUAAGUUUUGGCCUGUAAAUAUGGGUAUUCUGGUAUUCACAACUAUUGCCUGGAAAGAAUAGUAAUAAUCAUGUUGUACCUGCAUGUAUUAUAUUGUACACUGACAUGACAUGAGAUAUUUGAGUGUUAAAAGUUUCAAUCAAAACAAAACUGUGAUUCAAACGAAUGAUACCACCACCUGUUAUAGCUGAUCAAGUCUUUCAGUGUAUUGAGGGAGAAAUGGGAGUUUGUUGAAGAGUAAAUCAAACCUGGCUGGUCUCAUCCUGGGCACCUGUGUUCAGAUAAAAUCAUACUCAAACAAGACCACUCGGGUGUCUUUGUAUUUACUCAUGAUUGUUGUUUGUUUGUUGAAUUUAUAAUCACUGCCAUGUCAGUGACCGCACACUGUAUAAUGUCAUAGAUCUGUGUCUUAGCAGAUGGGGUGCAGAUAUGUUGAAUUGUUUUUGUUCAUAGUUGGUUGUGUAACCGAAUCUACUUGAGAUAUAUGUAUGCACACUGUUGCUCCAAAUAGUGACAUUAUACAGUGUGGAGCAUAGACCUGUCCUUAUUUCCUCUUCCCUUGUUGUGGGUCUUUAUUCACCACCUGUGUUUACAAUACAUCUGUGUACUGUAUUUGUCUGGUUAUUCAGAGAUGAAGUCGAUUCAAAAUAAACU